GGGCCCAGAGCCCGGGAGUUGAAGCCGGUUCCUAGUCUCGUCCUGUACCCCGCCUCCUCAUUCCUCUCAACAUGACAGAUGCCGCUGUGUCCUUCGUCAAGGACUUCCUGGCAGGUGGGGUAGCCGCGGCCAUCUCCAAGACCGCGGUAGCGCCCAUUGAGCGGGUCAAGCUGCUGCUGCAGGUGCAACAUACCAGCAAGCAAAUCACGGCAGAUAAGCAGUACAAGGGCAUUAUAGACUGUGUGGUUCGUAUCCCCAAGGAGCAGGGAGUCCUGUCCUUCUGGCGUGGUAACCUGGCCAAUGUCAUCAGAUACUUCCCCACCCAGGCGCUCAACUUUGCCUUCAAAGGUAAAUACAAGCAGAUCUUCCUGGGUGGUGUUGACAAGAGGACCCAGUUUUGGCGCUAUUUUGCAGGGAACCUGGCAUCAGGUGGUGCCGCUGGGGCCACAUCCUUGUGUUUUGUGUACCCUCUUGAUUUUGCCCGUACCCGUCUAGCAGCUGAUGUGGGGAAAGCUGGAGCUGAAAGGGAAUUCAAAGGCCUCGGUGACUGCCUGGUUAAGAUCUACAAAUCCGAUGGGAUUAAGGGCCUGUACCAAGGCUUUAACAUGUCAGUACAGGGUAUCAUCAUCUACCGAGCUGCCUACUUUGGUAUCUGUGACACCGCAAAGGGAAUGCUUCCAGAUCCCAAGAAUACUCACAUCUUCAUCAGCUGGAUGAUCACACAGUCCGUCACAGCUGUUGCCGGGUUGACUUCCUACCCAUUUGACACUGUUCGUCGCCGCAUGAUGAUGCAGUCAGGGCGUAAAGGAGCUGAAAUCAUGUACACAGGCACACUUGACUGCUGGAGGAAGAUUGCUCGAGAUGAAGGAUCCAAAGCUUUCUUCAAGGGCGCGUGGUCCAACGUUCUCAGGGGCAUGGGUGGUGCUUUUGUGCUUGUCUUGUAUGAUGAAAUCAAGAAGUUCACAUGUUAUUUUCUAGUGUUCCCCUCCUGUGAACCGGCAUGCUGUAUUAUAUAACAUAUCUUGAGCAUUCUCGACAGACGGUUGUCUGUCUAUUUAUCAAAUGGCAACUAUUUACUGGUUGAAAAUGGGAAGCAAUAAUAUUCAUCUGACCACUUUUUCUCUUAAAGCCAUUUCCAUGAUGAUGGUGGGACUCAAUUAUAUUUUUUAUUUCAGUCAUUCCUCAUAAAUAACAAAUUUGAAGAAAUAAAAAUAUCUG